CACACGCUUUUUCAAAGACCCAAGGAGACCCACUCAAAAAUUUACCUCAAUCCGCCAAAAAAAUUUAAAAAAAACUCAAAAAUAAAAUAAUAAUUACUUUAUUGAAAAAAUUAAAUAAUAAUUGAAGGUACCUAAAAAUUAUCAUUGAGUGUGGAUAAAGUGUCAGGAUAAAGUUUAAUCGGUGACGAAUGCCGUUGAUCUCCACAAGGAUUAUGUGAUUGUUUGAUACGUCGCGAUGAUUCGGAGGAAAAAUCAGUGGAAUCAUCUGAUGACGGAUGAUAGGUGUGUGUAAGUGGGAGAUAAUGUGUUGGCGGUUGUGUUAUCACUGAGAUGUUAGUCCAGCCAUGGUCCUCGUCGUUACCAUGAGGACACCCUCCUACGUCAACUAUUACGUUCUGUGUCUUGUCUGUUGGAUUGUCCUUGGAAUAACUGGGGUGAGCACGAGAUCGCAUUCCUUAGUGCGAAGAUUCGCGGGAAUUUAUCCAGGUCCUUAUUUCGACGAGAACAGCCCGAAGAACUGCACUGCUCAAUUGGGAACAAACGCCUUCUUGCCCUGCAAAGUUCGCCAACUGGGAAAUAAAUCGGUGUCAUGGAUUCGACGUAGAGACGCCCACAUACUGUCGGUUGACAGGAUAAUGUUCAUCGCUGAUGAGAGAUUUCAGACGAUAUAUGUCGACGGAUCGGAUACGUGGACAUUACAGAUAAAGUAUGUACAGGCAAGAGAUGAAGGAGAAUACGAGUGCCAGAUAUCGACUGAACAGAAGAUGAGCCACGUUGUGUAUCUCAGCGUGAUCGUGCCAAAAAUCGAAAUACUGGGUGACCGUGAGAGAUUCGUGAGGACUGGUAGCACAGUUGUACUUCACUGUGUAAUAAAUCAGUCUGUCGAGGCACCGUCCUACGUAUUCUGGUAUCAUCGGGGCAAAAGGCUUCUGAAUGAUCCGUAUGGUAAACUAGUCAUUCAUCAGCCAACGCCUACCGAGAACGGGUAUGACAGUCAGCUUGUUAUACACAAUGCCAGACUCGAGGACACGGGAAAUUAUACCUGCAGUCCGAGUAAUCUCGACAGUGCCAGUAUCAUCCUUCAUGUUCUCAACGGUGAACAUCCUGCUGCGAUCCAAAGGGGCAUAAGUGCAGCUCCAGGGGGUUGUCGUGCCCUGUGGUGGCUAGCAGGAUCAGUGAGUCUAUCUUCAAACCAAGGCAGACGGCUCUUUGUUCUCCUUGUCCUCUUAUCAAUGGCCCUUUUCACUUAUCAGAGAUCAAUCCGACUCGCCUACACUACACGAUAAUCAUCCCUCCCAUCCCCACCACAAAUCCCGCCCGAUUGAAUCCUCAGAGACUCAAGAAAUACGAAGAAAAAGGGGUUGAAAGGAAGGGAGAGUAAUCAAGAAGAAAAAGUCCACAAUUUACGUGAUGAAAAUUCACCUCGACACGCUUCUACGUGCACUCUUGGUGCUAACGACGUCACCGAGGCUCGCUCAAUGAUCAAUGGCGCUCCUGAAUCAUUUUUUCAUUGGAAAUUGUCAUCCAACUUAUUGCAACUUGUCCUGUAAAUAUUUUUUCAUUAAUUUUUUCACUUUAUAUUUUUUAUUUUUCAUUCUUUAAUUCUGUUAUCAAUUGGGGUGAACUGAUGAGUGUCACGGAAGAUCAGUUAAUGAAAAAAACAAAGUCAGUCAUGAUAAAAAAAAUAUUUUGGUACUUGUAUGACAGCUUUUUUUCAUUCCAAGGGGAAUCUACUGACUUGCUAGUCGAGAAUUCCCCACCUGACAAUCUGAUUUUAAUGAGCUGAAGCUCAUUUUAAAGCAGCUUGAAGAUUAGUUCCAAAAUGUCGAGGAAAAGGGGAAAUUUCACUCUGUCGUUUCUGAAAGAUCAAUGAAGAGACAUUUGGAUUCUGGGGCUUCCCCUCUUUUGUUCAUUCGGUUUCCCCAAGCAUCUCAGGAUAUCUCGUGAUCUGAGAAAGAUAGAAAAAAAAUUGUGAAGACUUUAUUGUAGAUCUAUUUCUCGUCAACAAAAAAGGUACUCAUAAUUUUUUUCAUAUCUCUUUUCAAUUAAGAGAUAUUCAUGAAUAAUUGGAAUUUUUAUGUAUUUUUCAAAAUUUCAUAGAAUUCGUUGAAACUUCGAUGUAAAUUAAUGGAGGAAUGUGAUUGGAAUUAUGCUAAGCCGCAACUCAACCACAAUUUAUAUCUGAAAAUGUGUUCCCCGGCAUUAGCCCCACGAAACUGCGAACACAAGUCAGCAUCGAUUUUGCUAUUAGGCGCGCCGGGCUUCCGUUACACGCCGGGGGCAUUUCAAUUCCACCCACACUUCCUCCAACGAGGCUACACGAGAAGGAACGGCUUCUACUUUCAGUUUUCAACUCGAACCCCAGGUAAAAUCCCUGAAAAAAAAUUAUCAAUGCGGCGAAUUAAUAUCUCAAGUUUCCUUUAAAAAUUCAGUAUAAAGUUUCACCCUCCGAGUUUAUUUAUUCAUUGAAUCCCCUCCUAUGAAUAUUAUCUAUAAUAAUUCAAUCCAGAAUCUU